CAACAAAACAAUAAACACACUGUAAAACUCUUUUGUAAUACAAUUUUACAAAGUUUGUUCAAGAAAAAUGAUAAAUUCACGAUUAUUUCGUUUAAUACACGAUAAAAGAUUAAGUGUACCAGUUUUAAGAUGUUUUCAUCAUGAAUUUACCAAGCCGGAACCAGAGAAAUCUCUGAAAGAAAAGCAGGAAAAACAAAAAAUUCUUCAAGCGGAAAGUGUGAACAACCAGCAGGAGGACAAUGAUCUAACAAGAGCUUUAGGACAAAAAUACAAAAUAUUUCGAGAGGAAGAAUCUCCCGAGAUUUUGGAUAUAUUCGAGGAACGUCAACGCUAUCAGACUCAAGAUGAACCUGACGAAAUAGUGGAUGAUAGUUAUGCGGGUUUAAAUUUGAAGCGUGGCCUUACCGGUGUUUUCGAUAUAGAGGAUUUGGUGGAUGUCUUGCGCAAAGAAAAUGCUGAAGAUAUAUUUGUCUGCUCCGUGCCCAAAGAAUUGAAAUACAUAGAUUACAUGGUGGUAUGCAGUGGUCGCAGUUAUCGUCAUAUGUUAGCCAUGGCUGAGUUUGUGCGAAGAGUUUAUAAAAUAAAACGUCAAAAAGGUGAUAUUUUACCUCGCAUUGAGGGCGAAAAAAGUCGUGAUUGGAUGGCUAUGGAUUUGGGCAAUAUAGCUUUACAUAUCUUUUCACCCAUCAAAAGAGAGUCCUAUGACUUAGAAUCCCUUUGGGCCAUAGGCAUUGAAUAUGAUCGUGAAUUCAAUAAACCCCAAGAUCCACUGGUGGAGCUAUUCGAAAAACAUUCCACCUUAUUGGCUGAUAUAAAACCCCAAAAGUAAUUGUUACAUAAUUUAGUAAACUACUUGUUAUUUUAUUUAGUUUUUAUUAACAAUUAUUUAAAUACAUUACAAAAAAGAAGGAAACUUAAUAAUGAAC